UCUCCAGGUUGCGGGGCUGGUGGGCGGGGGCCGGCCGGGUGCUUGUAGCUGUCGCUGACACUCAGAGCCCGCUGGCCGCCGAGGCCCGCAGAGACCCCGCCAUGGUGCGCGCGGGCGCCGUGGGGACGCAUCUCCCCACGUCCAGUUUGGACAUCUUCGGGGACCUGAGGAAGAUGAACAAGAGACAGCUCUACUACCAGGUCUUGAACUUCGCCAUGAUCGUGUCGUCAGCGCUCAUGAUCUGGAAAGGCCUGAUUGUCCUCACGGGCAGCGAGAGCCCCAUCGUGGUGGUGCUGAGUGGCAGCAUGGAGCCAGCGUUCCACAGAGGAGACCUUCUGUUCCUGACAAACUUCCGGGAAGACCCCAUCAGAGCCGGCGAAAUCGUCGUCUUCAAAGUUGAAGGCCGGGACAUCCCAAUCGUUCACAGAGUGAUCAAAGUUCAUGAAAAAGAUAACGGCGACAUCAAAUUUCUGACAAAAGGAGACAAUAAUGAAGUUGAUGACCGAGGCUUGUACAAGGAAGGCCAGAACUGGCUGGAGAAGAAGGACGUGGUGGGACGAGCCAGAGGGUUUCUACCAUAUGUUGGCAUGGUCACCAUAAUAAUGAAUGACUAUCCAAAAUUCAAGUACGCUCUUCUGGCUGUGAUGGGUGCAUAUGUGUUACUGAAACGUGAGUCCUGAAACAAGAAGCAGUUUCUGGAACCAGAUUGAAAGGAAUUAUGUUGAAAAAGAGGGAGAGAGAAAAAGAAAAAAGAAACCUUAAUAUAUUUGCACUGUUCCACUUUCUGUAUAAAAGGAGACACAGUGCUGAUGUUUUUGUCUUGUCCAAAUAAAUGAUUCACCGGGAAA